CAAGUGGCCCCAUCGUCCCUAGACCGUCUCGUGUGCAGAAAUAUCCCCAGAAAACAUACCGAAAGAACUCACCAAGAAAAUACGAAGUCUCGUUGCCAAAUUUCCUUGUCAUACUAUCAAAAGACCAGUCUUGAUUAACACAACAAUUUCCAAGUGCUGCGUUGCUGAUUGAAGCGCUGGGGAUAAGAGAGAAGGAAGAAGAAAAUGGCGGGUCUAACUUCGGUCACGCCCCAUCCGGCAUCUUCAUCUUCUUUGCACUCCAAUUUCCAGUCCUCGCCUCUCGUUUUCACUCCGAGGGCCGCUCACGACCAUGCCCCCUGCCGCGCCGCGCUUGGAUCGUUCGGGCAUUUGCACAGGAGCUUGUCGACACGAUCUGUUGCUGGCGGGCUGAAAGUCAUGAGUGCAGCAACAAAGCCUGCAAAGUCACCAGCUGAAGAAGAAUGGAAGGUGAAGAGGGAAUUGCUGCUCCAGAAAAGGGUAAGGAGUGUGGAUGUGAAGGAAGCACUGCGCCUUCAGCAGGAAAAUAAGUUUGUAAUUCUUGAUGUACGACCUGAAGCAGAAUACAAGGAGGCUCAUCCGCCGGGGGCAAUAAACGUGCAAAUAUAUAGGCUCAUCAAGGAAUGGACGGCAUGGGACAUUGCGAGGCGAGCUGCAUUCGCCUUUUUCGGCAUCUUCGCGGGCACGGAGGAGAACCCGGACUUCAUAACGACUGUGGAAUCGAAAAUCGGUAAAGAUGCCAAGAUAAUCGUGGCUUGCUCAGCCGGUGGCACGAUGAAGCCAUCUCAAAAUCUUCCCGAAGGACAACAAUCAAGAUCACUUAUUGCUGCAUACCUGCUGGUGCUCAACGGCUACACCAAUGUCUACUAUUUAGAAGGGGGCUUGUAUACAUGGUUCAAGGAGGGACUGCCGGCAGCUUCUGAAGAGUGAAAACUCGAGCAUCAUACCGUCUCUUUUUUGAUCAUUCUCAUUUAGGAAAAUCACAUGGGAUAUGGCGGUCAAUGUCGCCUGUCGCCUGUCGCCAGUCGUACGAUGAGUACUUUGAUGACCAUGUAAACCAGACAGCUUGAUCAUUGAUAUCUUGCAGGAGUAAGACUACAAGAAUGCAUCUCCAAUCAGAACAUCGAUUUUUUCUUCC